CCGCCUUCGCCGCUGCACUCGCCUCUUCUCUUCCGUUUCCGGUGUCCCCCCACAGUCAUGGCUGCCGCCGCCGCCGGGCCUGGGGCGCCUCUGUCCCCAGACGAAUUGCUUCCGAAAGGCGAUGCCGAGAAGCCUGAGGAGGAGCUGGAGGAGGAAGACGACGAGGAGCUAGAUGAAACCCUAGCGGAGAGACUGUGGGGUCUGACAGAGAUGUUCCCGGAGAGGGUCCGGUCCGCGGCUGGAGCCACUUUUGAUCUCUCCCUCUUCGUGGCUCAAAAAAUGUACAGGUUUUCCAGGGCAGCCUUGUGGAUUGGAACCACUUCCUUCAUGAUCCUGGUUCUUCCGGUCGUCUUUGAAACUGAGAAGUUGCAGAUGGAACAACAGCAGCAGCUGCAGCAACGGCAGAUACUUCUAGGGCCUAAUACAGGGCUGUCAGGAGGAAUGCCCGGGGCUCUACCUUCACUUCCUGGAAAAAUCUAGAUUGCUACUGCUAUAUUUGACCUGUCUUGGUGGGAAGAAGUUUGAAAAUUCAGUAGUGUUUGAACUGCUGAUUAUUGGAUUUUUUUUUUUUUUUUUAAACUUUGGCACAUUGCUCUAUAAACCUGGUGGCGGGAUUUAUCCCCACAUUGGCUCGUGGAGACUCCUCACUUGCAGCUGUGCCCUCCACUGUCCUGACUUAUUUCUCUCCUCAAUGCUGAUACCAGAGUGCAGCAACGCAGACGGUUACUCCAACUCUGGCCAUCCACCCCCCUCACUAAAUUACUCCUGGUGGAAGAUCUCACUAUUCCGUUGCUGGGGUGGGAACUGAUUGCCGUGGAGAAGGAUGUGCUCCUGACCGUUAAUGGAAUGGAGAUGUUGGGGAGGGAUGUGCACACAAGAUAAAAUACAAAAUGCAUUAAUUACAGCUCUGCUGCAAAGCAGCCACUGUGAAUUUCUGUGUAUGUUGGAAAGGAUGGAGGGAGGGCUGGCAGCUUCAGCCACAAGAUGGGGACUGGAGGACAGAGCAGGAGCUCAUUUCCUCCAAUAUUCUGGCUGUUAGACUUGUGUGUAUAUGUGUCUAAAAGGAAAAAAAAGUCAGUGCUCACAUUUUGUAUUUAAAUAUUAAAAAAAAAAUGAUUCCAACAAAAAAAUGUCUUCCAAGUGCUUGUGAUACAUACCUGGAAGUUACUGGGACCAUUUUAGCAGGACAAAGCAGCUGCCCCUCAUGUUUUCUCUCACCUAAGCCAGCAGCACCAUUUAAUACUGACUCCAUAAGGCCAAAAAGGUAAAAAAUUCCUUUGUCCAAGAACCUCUCUUGAGUUCCAGCAAUCACUUUCGGGUCUGCCAACAGAGGAUAGGGUCCACGUACUUGCAGUCAUUUCAGUCACUAGGUCGUGUUUGACUCUUUGCGACCCCAUGAACUGUAGCCUGCCAGGCUCCUCUAUCCAUGGCAUUUCCCAGGAAAGAAUACUGGAGUGGGUUGCCAGGAUCUUCCUGACCCAGGGAUCGUAACUGCACUGACAGGCACAUUCUUGACCACUGAGCCACCUGGCGAAUUCUCUAGUGGUUCACCAGUUACGACUCUGCACCUGCACUGCAGGUUUGAUCCCUGGUCAGGAAACCAAGAUUCCACAUGGCCAUGCAGCAAGUCCAGAAAAAGAAACAGUUAUAAAGGACUUGUAAAGAAUGACAGUAUUGAUUUCUAGUCUGGGAAUAGGAAGGUAGCAAGUACAGCUUGGGUUUGUUCUUUUUUAAAAAAUACAAUUGACCCUUGAAAAAUAAAGGGUUGGGGGGACUAACCCUCCAUGCA